AUGUUAGAAUUAUCUCCUGAUACUUUGUUUUCCACAUUUGGAUGGCCUUUAGAGAAACCCAUAAGCCAUGAACAUAACUACAGCUUUAGAGAUCGUAAAACUCCACAGUCACUAAUUACUCACUUCCCUCAAUCUCAGCCAGAAAUAACAGAGCCCGAUCGUUCCACAUCAUUCACGGCCUAUAGUGGAAGUGGUGACCGUAACAUGGUUAAGAAGCUUAAUCACAACGCCAGUGAACGUGACCGUCGCAAGAAGAUCAACAAUUUGUAUUCUUCACUCCGUUCACUUCUCCCAGCGGCAGAUCAAAUGAAGAAAUUAAGCAUACCAGCCACCGUUUCACGUGUGCUUAAGUACAUACCAGAACUUCGACAGCAAGUGAAGAGACUGAUUCAAAGACAGGAAGAGCUUUUAUCAAACUUAUCUAAGCAAGAUGAUUUAAUUCAUCAAGAAAAUCAAAGAAAAGGCAACAUGAAUACCCCUUUAUCAUCUGUAUCGGCAAGCCGGCUUAGUGAUAGAGAAGUGGCCAUUCAUAUUUCCACUUACAAAGACCAUAAAAGUCCAUUAUCAGAAAUCUUGCUCAAUCUAGAGGAGGAUGGACUUGUUCUUAUGAAUUCUUCUACCUUUGAGUCAUUUGGAGACAGGGUCUUCUAUAAUUUACAUCUUCAGGUCAUGGAAGGAACUUACGCAUUGGAGUGUGAGGCCUUGAGUGCGAAGCUUGUGUCCUUAUAUGCAAAGAGGGAAUCCUUGUUUCAAUAA